GAAGACGGAAGAAAAUUGACAAAAAGAAUUACAUAGGAAAGAGGCAUUUUUUUGCAUUUUAAUUUUAUUACAACAAACUAAAUCAUUUCAAGAGUUAAUUGCAAAUAAAAAAUGUCCAAAAAAGGAGCACACUUCAAUUACUACUAAAUCCUAAUAAUUGUCCAUAGAAAAUACGCAGAAAGUUGCAAAACCUUAAGAUAUUAUAUCCGUGUUAUUGUUGUUGGUGUAUGACAGUAUAUUGUGUGUUGGUCGAAUCCAAUAUUUUUUGAUUGUCUAAAAAAAAGAAACAAAAAGCAGUGAAGUAAAGAACAUUGAAUAAAAGUUAUAAAUACAACUAUAAAUUAAUACUAAUUGAAAUAAAACAAAUUGAGUUAUUAGCCUCAAUAUGACCACAGUAAAUAUAAAUACUCGUAAAAGCCCUAAUAUUUUUAAAAAGCAGGGAUCAGACCAGUGGGUUAAAUUAAAUGUAGGUGGUCAAUACUUCCUCACAACAAAAACAACACUUUCCCGUGAUCCAAAUUCAUUUUUAUCACGUUUAAUACAGGAGGAUUGUGAUUUAAUAUCAGAUCGGGAUGAAACUGGUGCCUACUUAAUAGACAGAGAUCCAAAAUAUUUUGCACCAGUUUUAAACUAUUUGCGUCAUGGCAAAUUAGUACUAGAUGGUGUAUCAGAGGAGGGAGUUCUUGAAGAGGCUGAAUUUUAUAAUGUCACACAACUGAUAACAUUGGUCAAAGAAUGCAUUACCCAUAGAGAUCAAAGUCCUCAAAAUGACAAAAAGCGCGUCUAUCGUGUUCUGCAAUGCCGUGAGCAAGAAUUGACACAGAUGAUCUCAACACUCUCUGAUGGUUGGAGAUUUGAACAACUCAUCAGUGUUGGCACACAAUAUCAUUCUAAUUAUGGAGCAUUUGAUAACAAUGAAUUCCUUUGUGUUGUUUCAAAGGAAUGUGGUGCCACAACAGGUCGUGAGCCUGAAUUAAAUGAUAGAGCUAAAGUACUGCAACAAAAAGGCUCUCGCAUUCUUGGAAUUUAAACAAAGUUUAACAAAAUCAAAGUUUUUAAAAUCCUAAUAUGAGAAUGAAACUAAAAAGAAAAAAAAAAACGCAAACCUACACAUUUCUCUGUGUUGUAAUAUCAUUCAAGUUCAUAAUACCAUCCUCUCUUUAGUUUCUUCUUUAACUAAAGAAGGGCUACACAUGCAAUUAUUUACUCAAAGAAGCGUAACCAAUUUUUUGCAACAAAUCUGUUUAAUGUUGUUUACUCUUACAAGUGUUUUGUAAGAUCAAACAGCAUUAAAUAAAAUAAAACUAAAUAUUUGUUUUGAAUUGUCUUAAGUAAAAGGAGUUUUUGAAAUAAAUGAAAGUAUUAAACUAUAUUUUAUUUAGUGGUUACGUCUUUUUCGUCAAAUAUUUGCUAUGUGUGACCCUAUCUUAAGAAAUACAUACACAUACAACCAAUUAAGACAUUUAGUUAAAAAUGGUAAUGAAAAUACCCAAUUUUACCAUUUUAACAAUAAAACACAAAUAUAUUAUUAAACACAUACACAAAACACACUUUGCGCAUUUGCAAAUUAAAAAGAAUUUCUUUCAGUCAUUUAUGUGUAACCAUUUUAAUAUCACCUAUCUAAUUUCUCAUUUUAUGUAUUUUAUUAGAGUUAUUAUUUUUCUUAAAUUUUAUAAAAUGCUUUCAUUUAUUUUACACCAUUUUUAUAUUCCAUCCUAUUAAGAGUGGAAUCCCAGAUUUUAAAGAUUUAACUAUAGAGAAAAUACGUAUAUAUUUUUAUGAUGAAAUAUACUGCCAUGACUAUUUUGAAGUAUGUAUUAGUUAUCAUCAUAUAGGUAGUUUUUACAAUUUCAGAACGUUUUAACCAUAGAGAAUUAUACAUAGAGACGAUACACUCCGAUUUGUCAAACAAAAAUACAAAUAAUAUUUCUGAUACAACAACAAAAUACAUUGACUAGCAUGUAUUUUGUUGUUGCAAGAGAUAGGUUUUUGACAACAGACUUAGGUUUUUGACAAUUCCGUCUCGUCUCUAUGUUACCCUAUGGUUUUAACCAUAAAAAAGAGAAAUAUAAUUGUUAAUGGUUCUCUUUUGUAUUACAAGUAAAAUGUUAAUUAUAAUGUGUAGUUACUUUAAGCUGCCCACACACGGGUGAUUUGUGAGUGAGAUUUGUUCGUGUUCGACUUGUUAAUGGGGCUGUACGCGCACAAAAUCACAAGUAAUUGAAAAUUUUCUAUCACAAAUCAGGCGAACAAAUCAUUCCGUGUGUGGCCAGCUUUACAGAGGUUCUUGCUUAAAUUCUACAUAGAUAGUUUGCCAAUCGGUGUUAAAUAUCUCUAAUGUAGAACUUCCUUUGGAUAGGUAAAAUUGUAUCCUUUAUUAUAUAAAACCAAUUAAGGCAAUAUUUAGAACCAAUCGUAUAAUUGGGACCCGAUAAUUCAAACGCCUUGAAAAUAUUAUUAAAAUAUUUAAUCGUUUUUUAUAACUUAUCCCCCGAUUGUAAUUUCAAAAUUUUUCACAUAAAGAAUAUUCUGGAUCUUUAUAGCGGAGUCGUUAUAGCUACAUAUGUUCAUCUGUCGAAAAUGAUUGAUACAUCAAUAUACAUAUCCGCUAUAGUAACGUUGCGGUUGAUAUUUAAAUUCUGGAAAAUCGGCUGAAUUUUUUUCACCAACAAUUUUUUUUUGACCCAGCAAACAUUUUUUUCUAAUUAAAAUUAAUUUUAAAGUAUACUUUGGUGAGGAGUUCUCGUGUUAACUUUCGAUUUCUGGAUUUUUAUUAUCCGCUGGCCUCUAGAUUUUGCCUUAAUUCUUUUUAGAUAAUAAAGUAUAAAUUUAGUACCAUUCAAGACAAAAGGGCAAUUCUGAUGUACAUAUAAUUCGAUAUCGAGUAAUACUGAUCUUAAAUUUCUUAUUCGAGGUUAUGGCUAUCGAUAUCGAGCAAAAACUUUAGUAAAUUUUAGUAUAAUUUCGAUAUUGAAAUCAUUUUUCAAUAUGAUAGCUCAUUCAAUAAAGUAAUUCGAUGUGGUAAUUCUGCAACUGAUUUACAAAGUUUUAGUUGAAAGUGUCAUGUCCUUCAUCUCUAACUCAACAAAACUCUCGUGUGUUGUUUUUCACACAUUAGCAAAAUUGUUGUUUUGUAUUUACCAUCAAUAACAUAUUCAUCCUUAUAUUUUUUUAUCUGUUUGUCAUCAAAUUAGUUUACCUUCAAUACAUUUUGUAAAAAAGUAAGAGUACCGUUACGUAAUAAAACUUUUUGACAGAAAAAGCUAAUUUUUCGACAAAAAAUUGUGUUCCUAAAUAGAAAUUACAUAUGUGUGCAAAACCACACAAGAGGGUUACUUUUUGAAUAUUUGUUUCUGUUUUAAAUUGAUGCUGCGCAAAAUGUCAACAAAUUUCAUUAACAAUUUAUUUAAAUGAGGGAUAGGCACAAGAACAACCCAGCAAAUCUAUUAAGUAUUUUUCAAAUUUAAAAUAAAAAAUAUAAUUGAAGUACAUCAUUAUUAACAUAGAAUUUUUAGAAAUUCUUAAAAUACAUUUGAAUGCUUCAAAGAUAAAAUGGUGUAAAAAAAGUCUUUAACUUCAUACAAAUAACUAUUUUCUGAACGUCAUAACUUUUAGGGAUUUUAUUAAAUUGCCGCUUUUGGUAUUAACUUAUAUUUAAUUAAUAAUUAUUAAAUAAUUUAUUAUAUGUUUCUAUUAAAUUUGUUUUUCCCCCUUUCUGGUAUACACUAAAAGCCAAUUGUGUAUAAAAAUGUCUCAGUUUAGAAGCAAAUAGUUUUUACACACAUCAUAACUUUGUUAAAAAAAUGUAAUAAAGAAUUUUUUUGCAUCAUCAACAAAUCGGAAAACCUAAGAACUUUUUUUUAAACACGAUUGUGAAUUGUGAUGCAAAAAUUUAAUGUUGCUAAAUGUUUGCAUCUUUAAUAAAAUUUUUAAUAUAUUUUUAAUCCGUUAGAUAUUUCUGGUAAAUUCAAAGCAAACAUAUGAUUAACUCAAACAAAAAACUAGGCACAAACUAAACCUACAUAUACAUUUUUAAUUAAUGACAAGUUUUAUGAAAAAAAAAAAUAAUGUAAAUUAGAUUUACAAUUAAAAAAAAAACAAAACAUAAACUAAAUUUACAAUACCAAUUGUUUUGAUAACAACAUAAAAUGCAUACAUACGUAUAUGUAUAAUGUAUAAUCUAAUCAAUACUAUAAAUAUGAAUAUAUUUGUUAUUAUAGCAGUGAAAUACAAAAUAAAAAAAUAAAACCUGUAACAAAUCAAGUUAUAAAACAAAACAUUAAAACCGAAAAAAUCUAUAUUUUUAAUUAAAAUUAUAAAUAAAUAUACUCAUAAAAUUAAAAGUUAA